AUGGCUUCAGAAAGGAUAUCGGUGCACUCUCUCCCUGACCUCAAAAACACCACUGACGAUGCUCUCCCCACCUACCUCAACUCCCUAAAAUUCACCCAGUCACACAUCCUUUCCGAUACCCGGUUAGCAAUUGGUUAUACUUCUGUCCUGGUCUGCGGUGCCUGUUUUUACUGGGACUACACUUUCGGCUUCGAGCCCACAAAGUCCUAUACAGCAAUCGCAGUUGGAAUAUACUUUGUCCUCAAUACCUUCCUUACAUUCUGGUUAUUCUAUGUCGAGAAAGGAAUCAUAUACAUCGGCACAUCUCCAGAUAAAAACCACAUCAUCGAGAUUUCUACGCAAACCAAGAAACAUCAACCAAUUUACAACUUGACAUUCAAGAUCUUUGAAGCGGCAAAAGGAAGAUCUGGACAACCAAAUGAAGAGAGAACUUUAAGAAAACCUUUCAGGGAAUGGUUUGAUGAGAAAGGUCAUUUUAUCGUACAACCAUUCCAAGAGAUGCUGGCCACUAAUAUUUCAGUGAUUGGAGCUGUCGAUCCAAAGAGAGUGGUUAAGAAGGAGAAGAAGAUUGAGCAAGAAGGGCAGGCUGAUCAAAGUAUGGAUGAAAAAUGGGCGGCACUAUUGAAGGAGAGUAGCGGUGAGGUUGAGACUUCUGGAGCUGAAAAGUCAGUGGGAGGGAAAAAGAGAAGUAAGAAAGUUUGA